GCAUGCAGCACGUCAUUCUUUUCUUUCAUCGGUUUCCUUCCUCCUUCACUGAUUAUUUGCAAAACCAUAAAAUAUGUCAAGUGGUGAAAUGUAAAUAGUUUUGUAAAACUGUAAAAUUGCCUUUAUAUUAUAAUAACAACGACGUUAGAGAAUGAUUUGGCUUACUCGAGAUAAUUUAGAGUUCUUCUAACCAAGUAAUAACAUUUACAAUGUUUCAUAGCGUAUUUAUUUUAGUUUUAACUGUUGUGAAAUUGACGCACAGCUUUUCCGAUGUAGGAAAAUGGGAAUUACCGCUAAGCGGGGAAAACUGCGAGUUUACACUAGCCAAAUCACUAUUCAAAGACUCCAAAGUCAUAGCAAUAUUGCACUGUGAUGUAACAGUACCAACGAACUUGACGAUUAUCUAUCAAUGGGAGAACAAACAAUGUUCACCUGAUUACUUCCAUUAUUUUGAAAAGCGAAUAGUAGAAUGUAAGAGCGGCCUGGUUGACAAGGCGACUAUCACCAAAUUUCAUACAUGCAAUGAUAAGAAUUCAAUUGUAUUGCACGAAGACAAUGAAAAUAAUAAAACACCGGCGGACAAGACGCCUGAGGACACACAGAAAAAGAAUUCUGUAACACAGCCUGUUUCUAAAACACCGCCUCUAAUUACAAUAGACAAAGAAGGCGUAUACCUGCUCAGGAUACAAGUGCGGGGAUUCUCAGAGUACAACGCGACCAUGCAAAUCGAGAUGGUGGGGCCGUCUGGCACGUACUUAUCGGCCGCAAUUUGGCCACUUUUGCCGUUUUUCGGCGUAAUGUGCGGAAUAUACACAGUAUUAUGUGCGGGAUGGCUGCUCGUCUGCGGGCUGCAGUGGCGCGACCUACUGCGGAUACAGUACUGGAUCGGUGGAGUAGCGCUACUUGGCAUGAUAGAGAGCGCUACCUACUAUGCUGUCUACUCCUCUAUUAAUAAUACUGGGGUCUUCAAUGCCUCUGCUUAUAUGUUUGCGGAGUGGAUGUCUGUAGCCAAACGCGCUUUGGCUAGAAUGCUAGUCAUCAUUGUCUCCCUUGGCUUCGGUAUUGUCAAACCACGUUUAGGUCCUGCUCUCCAACGGGUAGUAGGCACAGGCCUGCUGUGGGGCCUUCUUGCCGCAAUCGAGGCGUGGUUAAGACUUCACCACAAAGCCGAAGGCUCAAAUAGAGAUCUCUUGUUGUCAGAGGCGCCAUUGUCGUUACUCGACAGCGCCAUUUGUUGGUGGGUGUUUGUAUCACUCGCACAAACUAUGAGAACGUUGCAGUUGAGGAGAAAUACAAUCAAGCUGUCACUAUAUCGCCAUUUUACAAACACGCUGAUAUUCGCAGUAAUAUCAUCUGUGAUAUUCAUGCUCUACUCCAUCAAGUCUUAUCGCGUCCUGCCAUGCAUCACUGAUUGGAAGGAAGUUUGGAUGGACGAGGCGUAUUGGCAUAUUUUGUUCGCGAGCGUCCUAACAGUGAUCAUGGUGCUGUGGCGGCCAACAAACAAUAACCAGCGAUAUGCCUUCACACCGCUGCUCGACAACGCCGAAGAUGACGAUGAUGAAGAAGAAGAGCAAUUCGUCAACGACGCUUAUGGCGUGAAAAUGCGCGGCUCCACCUCGGCUUUAACAGACGGAAAAGAACAAGACGCUAGGGACAACGCUCCAGAGCCAAACACUCUAGACUCUGACCUUCGUUGGGUAGAGGAGAACAUUCCUACCAGCACAUUGCCGCUCCUCGAUUCUGACGAAGAAAUUAUUAAUACUAAGUUUGAAGUUUCAAAAAUGCAAUAAUCAAAUAAAUUAAUGUUAAAUAUGUAA